AUGGCUGAGAAGCGUACAUUGCUAGCUGUGAUAGGUGAUGAGAAUACUACCACAGGUCUCCUCUUAGCGGGCAUUGGACAGAUAUCAAACAGUAAUACUGAAUUAGCUGAUAAAAACUUUUUCGUUUACCAAGAAGGUAAGACUACUAGAGAGGAAAUUACUGAUAUCUUUGAACAUUUCACUGAGGAAAGAGACGACAUUGCCAUAUUGUUGAUUAACCAACACGUUGCAGAGAUUAUCAGGUCUAAGAUUGAUGCAUUUGUAAAUCCAUUUCCUGCCAUUUUGGAAAUACCUUCUAAAGAUCAUCCUUAUGACCCAGAAAAGGAUUCCGUGUUAAAGAGAGUUAGGAAGUUAUUUGGGGAAUAG